AGCCGAGCGCGGGCCUACGCUUCCCGGACCCGGGGGCGCCAUGGCUUCUGCCGGGGUGGCCGCGGGUCGACAGACCGAAGAGACGUUGGCGCCCCCCGCCGAGCCGCCGCUGGCCGAGGCCAAGCCGCUGCCGCCGCCGCAGCCUCCCGCGCCGGCCGCCGCCGCGCAGGGCCCGCAGCCGCCCGCGCCCGGGCCCCCUUCGCCGGCCGGCCUGAAGGAGGACGAGAGCUACUCCUUCCUGCCCCUGGUGCACAGCAUCAUCAAAUGCAUGGACAAGGACGGCCCGGACAUCCACCAGGACCUGAAUGCCCUCAAGACCAAGUUCCAGGAGCUGCGCAAGAUCAUCAGCACCAUGCCCGGCAUCCACCUGAGCCCUGAGCAGCAGCAGCAGCAGCUGCACAGUCUGCGAGAGCAAGUCAGGACCAAGAAUGAGCUUCUGCAGAAGUAUAAGAGCCUCUGCAUGUUCGAGAUCCCCAAGGAGUAGAGGCGGCCCUGGGCCCUCUUCCAGCGAAACCCCUAGGGAGCAAGUGGCCUUUCCGCCUGCCCCUCCGUGCGGGCCACAGGAGGCUGGUUCUUCUGUCCCCUUUGGAGUUUUUGUGGCUGAGCAGAGUGGGGGCUGUUGUACUAUCUCCUUAAUUCAGCUUGUCAGUGACUGUGCAAGGAGCCAGCACUCAAACUUGGCUUCUUUGGGGCUCCUUUGUACAGAGCAGUAUGUCUAGAUGCAUAAUGCUUGGUGCCUGCUGGUGGAGGAAGAGUGUUCCCCGGGGCUGGGGAGGGCAGGGUGGGCUCUAGCCUGCCUCUGGGGAGUGUGCCACCUGCCCUAUGCUCAGGCGUCUCCCCUUUGCUUCCUGCCCUCCUUCCCCGCCCCCUAGAUAUGAUCAGUAUGUACCAGGUACAUAUUGUUCCUGUUAACAGCCAUGUCUGAACAUUUGCAUAGAAUACACCCAAGAGAUUCGGCCUGCUUUCAGCAUGGACUUAAAAUGGUAACAGAAGGCGGUGAGCGAAUGGAACAUGGGUUUUGAAAGACUAUGGGGUGGCCUGCCCCCCACGCCCCAAAAACAGUUUGCUUCCUUUCAUGUUUGAGCCAGUGAAUAUAACUGUCCAUGGGGGCGUCUGCUGCCAGAAAGCCCCUCUCUUGAAGUUCUCUGUCACCUACAUGUUCUUACUCUGCAUUUAGCUUUACUGUCAGUGGCCUUGCUUAGCCAUUGACCAGCCAUGGCAAAACCCGGGGAUGGCUGAGACCCACAGCACUUCCCCUGAAAUAGGGGCUUCUGAUGUGUUUCCGGUGAGCCGAUAUGGAUCAGGUUCCCGAAGUCUCAGAUUAAAGCAGAUUCCUUGAACACAGAGGCCGGAGUAAGCCCUGAGCACUGCUGGGUGUGACUCCCCAAACAAAAUGAAAAACCAGGAGACCCUCCUUCCCCCGGGUUCCCGUGCUCUCCUUCCCGCCAGAGACCCCGAUGGACCUUGACUGGGAAUGCCAGGAGGGCUCUGGAUCUGCUUGCUCAGAGCUGGGUACAGUCAAGGCCAGAUGUGCUAGCUUGGUUCUGAAUCCUUCCUGGGGGAGCGGGCGAGGGGCCUGAAGUUACACAGCCAGCUUGUGUUCAUACUUAAAAACACCCCACCGUUUCUUACAGAAGGGUGUUUUAUUGGUGUGCUCUUAUUGACCAACAUACUGAAGUCAGAGCAGUUCUUGCCCGUGCCUCUAUGGAUUAGGUGCAAAGUAACUGAAUAUUGUUUGGAUGUAGAAAUGGGUACACAGCCUCUGCUGACCAGUUCAGGGGUUUAACAGAUGCCCGCCAGCUGACCUCUUUGGCAGCUAUAUUGGCGUAAAAUGUUUUUAGCGGGGGUUCCGUUCGUGGCAGCUUGCGGCCACCUGUCUAGAUGGCCGGUUUACUGGGAACCCAAGUCAGGGAGAAGAUGUAGAUUAGGUUUCAGUGACUUGAGACAGGAAAGCAGGUUCUGCAGGUAAGUAGGUAGUCAUAUAUUAGACCAGUUCCUCCCUGGGGCUGGACUGUUACUUAACUGAAUCAGUUAUUUCCUUGAAGUUUUAGAGUAGCAUAGGGGCCAG